AUGGCAGAAAUUCGGUGUGGUGAAUGCCUUACACAAAAAACCCAAGCCACCCAAGUUGUGACGGAGAUAACGCCUCUUUUGAACAAGCCAGACGAUGAUGCCCUUUGUGCAAGCCACGGAGAUGAGGAAACCAUCGUCUUCGUCAAAGAACCUCCCCUAGGAAGGCUGAUACUUAUCAUGGCUACUGCAUGGUUCGGAGUCUUCCUGGGCGCCUUGGACUCAACAAUCAUUGCAACCUUAUCAGGUCCUAUCUCAAGCGAAUUCAAUUCGCUCAGCUUGCUGUCCUGGCUUGCAACUGCAUACCUUAUCUCCAAUGCAGCUUGUCAACCUAUUGCAGGUCGACUUACUGACAUCUUCGGACGUCGUUCCGGUCUAAUGCUGAGCAAUUUUCUGUUCGCCCUGGGAAAUCUGGUCUGCGGCGUGGCAACUGAUCAUUACACCAUGAUCAUCGGUCGUGUUAUAGCAGGGUUCGGCGGAGGCGGAAUGAUAAGCAUUGCAACGUUCCUGACUUCUGACCUUACACCACUUCGUAAAAGAGGCAUCAUGCAAGGUAUUGCCAACCUGUGGUUUGGAGCAGGUGCAAUGCUUGGAGCUGUCAUAGGCGGCCUCUUUCACGACUGCACUGAAUUUGGCUGGCGGCUUGCAUUCUUAGUACAGGUGCCACCUGCAUUACUACUUAUUCCCGUCAUCGGAUGGCUAGUAAAGGUGCCAGCCAAGGUAUCAGAGAAGACUUAUCUCGCACGAAUCGAUUUUUUGGGCGUCUUGCUCACCUCUUCAUUCCUGGUUCUAUUGCUUCUUGGCCUCAACACAGGUGGCAACACAGUACCAUGGACCCAUCCAAUUCCUUUGACAACGAUACCUUUGUCGAUUGUCUGUUUUGCCGGCUUCAUCUGGUGGGAAAGCAAGGUCAAGCAACCGAUAAUCCCCGUGGGACUACUUCGUGAUCGCACCAUCCUGUCUGCCUGUGCUGCCAGUCUUUUUAUCUCCAUGCUCUUGAUGGCCACCACAUUCUAUGUACCCCUCUACCUCCAGGUUCUUGGCGACUCUACUACGACUGCUGGCCUCAAGUUUCUACCCUCGCCUCUUGGUGGGUCAAUCGGAGCUCUUGGAACAGGAUAUGCCAUGGCAUGGACUGGGAGGUACAGACGAUUUGGUAUCCUGGGUGCCUUGUCAUUGACAAUAGGCACUGUGAUACUCACUUUCCAAAGUGACAAUAGCCCGCCUUACGUCACCUGUAUCGGGCUGUUAUUUGUUGGUGGAGGUUUCAGUGCGGUGUUGACAAUCGCUACUGUUUCAUGCCUCGCUGCAGUCGACCACUCUCAGCAAGCACUCAUCACAUCAGCAAUCUUUCUAGCUAGGAGCGUCGGCGGUACGGUUGGAAUAACUAUAGCGUCUGCAGCCUACCAGAAUACGCUGAAAGAGAAGCUGUGGACUUUGCUUGGCGACAAGGCUGGUGGUCCUGAAGAGAUCCGUCGGCUUCUGAAUGGGUUGGAAGAGCUGCAGCAUCUUCCUGAAGGCUGGCUAAACGGGGUCCUAGAGUCAUUCAUUGAGUCAUUCAGAGUUGUAAGUUUGAACAGUGUUCCGCCGCAAGCUAUUGUGGCAAUCUCUGGCGAGGCUGAACAACUCAACUGA